AUGGGUCGUUCACGCGCUGCCCAUCACUCUGCCGAUGAGGAUCCCGCCCAAAGUCGUUCAAAGAGAAAACGGACAGCUCAAAACAUGGAGAAUACUGAAACUGUGACUACUGUUCCGGGAAUAAAGGAUGGAAAAAAGGCAUUGUACCACUGUAAUUAUUGCAACAAAGACAUCUCAGGGAAGAUUCGCAUCAAGUGUGUGAUGUGUUCUGAUUUUGACCUCUGUGUGGAAUGCUUUUCUGUAGGAGCUGAGGUGCAUCCUCACAAAAGCAAUCAUCCUUAUAGAGUCAUGGAUAACCUCUUGUUUCCACUAAUAUGUCCUGAAUGGAAUGCUGAUGAGGAGAUAUUACUUCUGGAGGGUAUUGAAAUGUAUGGACUGGGGAAUUGGGCUGAAGUUGCAGAACAUGUCGGAACAAAAAGUAAAGCAAGCUGUAUUGAGCAUUAUAACACCAUCUAUAUGAACUCGCCUGGCUUUCCUCUUCCGGACAUGUCUCAUGUUAUCGGAAAGAGUAGAGAGGAACUCCUUGCUAUGGCCAAAGAAUAUGCUGAAAUCAGUAAAGGAACUCCCACUUGUGGAGACGAAAAUGGUGCAAAAACAGAGUCUCCAUCAUCUGCAAGGACCAAGUUGGAAGAUCAAAGAAAAGAAUGCCCAGCAGGACAUUCCUCUUCAAACAUAUCUUCUGGUACAGUAAUAAAUGAGGUAGGUUCCGGUGAAGGUUCUAGCUAUGCGAACACAUCAGCUGGGGCGCUUAAGGGGGUGUCUAGUAUAGUCCCGAGUAAGGAUGGUCAUGACAACAUUAAAGUGGAAGAUAGGAGCAUUGGGGAGAAAAAGCCUAGGAUUUUCGGGGAGAAGGGCCCUUCUAUGAAGGAAUUAAGUGGCUACAACUCCAAGAGACAAGAGUUUGAGGUUGAGUAUGAUAAUGAUGCUGAGCAGUUACUGGCUGACAUGGAAUUCAAGGAUACAGAUUCUAAUGGUGAUCGUGACCUAAAAUUGCGUGUGUUGCAUAUAUACUCAAAAAAACUUGAUGAAAGAAAACGGAGGAAAGACUUCAUAUUGGAAAGAAAUUUGCUCUAUCCCGAUCCUUUUGAAGAGGACCUGACUAUGGAAGAGAAGGAUUUAUGUCACCACUAUAGGGUGUUUAUGCGAUUCCAUUCCAGAGAAGAACACGAACAAUUGCUGAGGAGCAUUAUUGAGGAGCAUCGGAUUUUGAAACGGAUACAAGAUCUUCAGGAAGCCCGAGCUGCUGGCUGCUACACAUCUGUUGAUGCGGAAAGAUACAUUGAACAGAAGAUAAAGAGCGAAACAGAGGAAAAUGCCCGUAGAGCAAAGGAGGGUUUCCAGGCUGUUUCCAGUGGAAAAUCCUUGCAAAGAUUGAGUCAGAAAGGAGAUGAUAUGAGUCCGCAUGGAGGUAUCAGGAGCCCUGGUGUACCAGAUUCUGAGGGAAAGCAUCUUUCACCAACCACCAAGGGGCUUACUCUUUCUAAUUUCUCAGAGAAUUGGGAUGUCACUGAAUUUUUAGGAGCCGAUUUACUCUCUCACUCUGAGAAAAAGCUGUGUGGGGAGAUCAGAAUCUUACCAACACAUUAUCUCAACAUGCUGCAGACCAUGUCGAUGGGGAUUUUAAAUGGAAACAUAACUAAUAAAUCCGAUGCACAUGGCCUGUUCAAUGUCAAUGCGAGCAAGGGAAUCUGUCUGAGAUUCUACUCUCUGGAAAAGGAUUGUGGAUGCUUCAAUAGUCAGUUGGGAAAUCAUUGA